GAGAGAGAGAGAGAGGAAUUUUCAAUUGCAAAUCUCCCAUCCCGACCCGUGCCCCGGCUUUCUCCGAAAAGGUGUUCUCUCGCUCUCACUUUUACAUCUUCACUUCACUUCCUUUUCCAGCUUCCCUCUCCCGAUCCGCCCUCCCCCUUUCCACCAUCUCCUUCAACCUGUCCCUUCUCUCCCUUCUCUAGCUUCUUCCAUCCAAUCCCCACUGCAACUGCACACGCCACCGCCACAACCAUCACCAAAACCCUAGCCAAGCAGCCAUGCGCAGCCUCCUCUCCCUCCUCCCGCUCCUCUUCCUGCUCCUCCCCUCCGCGGCCGCGGCCUCCAACUGCUCCCAGGCUCCGGGCGCGGAGUCCGGGCCGGCGCCGCGGGAGCUGGUGCCGGUGGCCCCGGCGGCGGAGCUCGGCGCCAUGGUGCUGAGCCUGAACGAGACGCGGCGCCGGCUGGGGAGCUUCCAGCUCUGCGCGCCCUGCACCUGCUGCGGCGGAGCCAGGGGCGCCUGCGUGCUCGCCCCCUGCUGCUACUCCAUCAACUGCAACAUCCCCAACCGCCCCUUCGGGUACUGCUCUUUCACGCCCAAGUCCUGCGACUGCCUCGGCUGCAACCUCUGAGCUGGUCCUCGCGGGCGGGAUUAAUUCGUGAGAGAGAGUGUGUGGGGUACGGAGGAAUAUAUAUAAUUCCCCACCGAUGCUUAGUUAAGUGGCAAUUGUUAUUAUUUGUAGCUAUUUUGAUAUCAUCAUUGCUACAUUUGAUUUGGUUGAUAAAAAAUGGGCUGAUUUGGAGAUCAGCGCUAGGGUUUUGGUAUGUAAUCUUUGCCCUCUGCACAUGGGGUUUAAUUUUCUCUUUCCACACAUGGAUGUGUGAUUAGGGGAUUCUCUUGUUGAUAGUAGUUACUUACUAAUAGCUGAAAUAUUAGUUGUUAAAUGCAGAGAUUUAGUGUCUUUUAGUG